UCUCUCUCUCUGCCCGGAAGCCCCUUCUAGCUUGUCCUGCCUAGCUAUUGGCCGUUCAGCUUUUUAUUACACCCAUCGCAGCAACACAUCUUCGCAGUGUACGACUAUCCCACAACACAAAGCUACAUAGUCUAUGGAGAGAAGGUCACAUAACUAUUGCACUAAGUGUGUGCUGUGGGAUGAGCAGCUUAUCACAGAUAAGGACCUUCAAGUCCUCCUCUGAUUUUAGCAAAAGGCUGCCAUCUCACUGUUCAUUUUCUGUUCCUCCUUCUCAGCUAGGGAGGCUGAUGCCUAAAAGUAUCUCCUUGACCACCAGCUCAGCAUGUCUAAACUUGAUAAUUUAGAAGACAUAUGAAAAUGUAAGUAGAGGCUGGGGAGAUGGCGCAGUUGUUAAAGUGCCCAUGGUGCAAACCUGAGGACCCAAGUUCCAUCCUCAGCAUCCACGUGAGGAAACAAUGAAGGUGUGGUGGCGUAUGCCUGCAGUCCUAGCUUGGGGAAGCAGAGACGAGAGGAUCCCUGGGUCUUUCUAGUCACUAGUCUUCCUGAAUAGGUGAGAUCCUCGUUCAGUGAAAGACUCAGCCUCAAAACAAACAAACAAACAAACAAACAAAUGGAAAAGCAAUAGCAGAAGAUACUCAGUGUUGACAUAUGGUGUCUGUGUGUGUGUGUGUGCGCGCACGCGCACGCACGCAUGCACAAAUGUAACUAGAGUGAUACAUCAUGCAAAUUGGGGCUCAUGCAACAUCUCAAAAAUGUUGAAUAAGUAUAAAAUAAAUAGAUAAAGAAAUCUGGUGACAUUUACAGCAAGUAUUUUUGGAUUUUAACUAACAUUACUAAUGUUAAGGGAAUUUUUUAAACCUAUCAACUAUUGUGUGCAAAUAAUGAAUUCUAACUUUUUUUUUUAAACAGGGAGGAAAUCUUCCUCUGCAUGGAAAAUGACACUUUCAAAUAUCAAAUCCACAGCCUGGGCAUACUCUCUGAUUACACUAGGAACUGAAAUGUUAAGUUCUUUUUUCAGUUUCUACUGUGUGAAACUUUUCUUGGAACUGUACAAGAUUUCAGAGUUGGCCUUCUAUCAAUCCCAGGUAAUUUUAAUGAUCUGGAAUGUUCUGAAUGACCUGAGCGGGUAUUUUCUAAGGAACUCUGAGUAUGAUUGCUGUCUGAGUUACCACUGUUCCCUGUUUGGAGCCCUUCUGCAUGCAGCAGCCUUCCUGCUCCCUUGGUUCCCUUGGAGACACUAUCAAGAAGGUGACUGGCUCAACGGACUUCAUCUGGUGGCCUCCCUGUGCGCGUUUGACAGCACCCUUAGCUGGGUGCGGCAAGCCCAGGGCCGAUUGUUUGCAGAGACUUUCCCCAGACACGAGAGCAAGCUGCAGCUGAUGAAAAUCAACCAGGUGGCAUCCCUGCUGGGCUCCACCAGCGUCCUCUUCUGUGGCCUCAUCUCUCACAACAUGGAAAUCCUGCCCAAUUUUCAGGUCGUCACCAUCGUCACCGCCUUCCUGGCAGCUACCAGCCUUUACAGUGGCAUGUUCCAUAUGCGGCAUUUUGAAUGUAAAAGAAACCCGAAGGAAGCCUUCCUCUCUGAGAGUGAACAGGAGCUGGCGUGGACCUCCGCCAUCUUGCCCAUGAGACAAAUCUUGUCUCAGAGGAACUUCCACCUUUUCCUCAUCGUGAAUUUCUUCCAAGUCUUCUUCCAUUUGACCUUCAUCAGUAACUUCAUGAUGAUCUUUGCCGAUAACCUCAUUCCCACCGAGGCUCUCUCUUCUUCGUAUGGGGCUGGCUUCAUCUGCCCUCAGUGCCUGGUACUUCUAGGUCAGUCCUGGCUGAAGAAAUAUGGUUACUAUAAGAUUAUCUUAAUUUCUUUCUACCUAGAAGGAGCGGCCGCCAUUGUCAUGUUACUUCUGGGACAGGAGAACUAUUACUGUUUGGCUGUUUAUUUCACUUUUAUCAUGGUGAUGGUUCACGCCACUUUUUGCUUAUUUAACUUGCCACUGGCUGACAUGGUUGAUGCAGAUUUACUGAAGUUUAACAGGCAAUCUCCCCUUUCUUUGAUGGUUUUUGGCAUCAGCGCUUUGUUUACCAGGCCUGCCCAGUCUUUGGCUCCCAUGUUGAUCCUGUCUAAGCUAACCCAGUAUGGAUAUGGAGAGCCCAACAACAGAAUACUUUUAGAUCUUCAAGACACCAUGUUUAGUUUGGUUUGUGUGGUCCCGCUGGGCAUUGCCAUGGUGCAGAUUCUGACUUGGAGCUCCUUCUCCAUCAGGAACAGAGCAGAUUACUCAGGGACUGUGUAAGCACAGUGGCCGGCUGGGAGGUGGCGGCAACACUCCUUCAAGUGCCUGUCAGUUCUUACAGAUUAUGCUGUGCUCAAAGGCAAAACUAAUCUUUACACCCUCUCGUUUGUUUAAAAACCAAA